AUGGCGCCUAGCAAGGAAUCAAAGCGGGGCUUGAAAACCCCAGAAAGCAACAACAACAAUAACAAUAAUAGCAAUACGUCGACUACCAACGGAGUAGCAGGCGGCCAUGCCAGCAGAGAGUCUCGCCAUACCGGCCUGUUCCUGCCUCUCUUCGGAUUACGCCUUUCCCCCGGCAAGCGCCGUCAGAUCGAGGCCGAGAAGGAUCGUCUGCUGAAGGAUCGUAGACAGUCGGAGCUUGAUCGAUACCACCUACGUCGCGGACGGGCGCCGCCCCUACCGUCAACCGUGGACGUCGAGCUGAAGCCUUUGGAUGAUCGACAACCGAACUUGAAGUUCAGUGUUUGGCCUGGUUCUACAGUUGCUAAGCUCGAACAGCUCAUCCGACGCCGUUAUCAAGACAAGGGCCACCCCAUCGCUACGGCUGCUCACUUCACUUUCUAUGUGGACGGCAAAGUACUCAAUUUCGAACAUGUGCUCGUUCCCUCGUCUUCCAAGAUCUGGUACCGCAUGUCCAGAUCUUCUGCCGAGGUUGACCAGUGGAAAUUCAGCCAGUACAAGGAUGCGAACAACCAGCCAAUUCCCCCAGAGCUCGCGACUCAACUCGUCCAGGCAAUCGAUAUAGGCGCCACGGUAGGCGAGUUGAGACGCAAAAUUGCGACGUUCAUGUCCAUCUCUGAUCCGGACAGGGUGUUGCUGGUGGCUCGAGGCGGAACACGACCUGGUCAGUUGCAAGGAGACAGCUGGGUGGUCUCAGAAGUCAAGAAACACUGGCUUUGCUGUUGGAUUAGUUAUCACAUUGCGCGGACGAACGCAUAUGCUGUGAUUAACGGCCUCGGAAGGCGUUACGUCUAUCAUCCAGAGUCGCAUUACUUCUAUGACGGAAUGAGUGUUCGGCGCUGGCAGCAUCACCUUGAUUCUCGCCUAUUUCGGAACGUUCGCUCACGGGGGAAGACCGGUUUUAACGCCCACUGGUCAGAACUUAUUUUGACGCUCAACGAUACGCGUGUCAGUAAGACUACACGCAUGUGUUGGGGAAAGACGUACGAGCUCGAACUUCCUAUCCAGGCAGCCAAGAUCUUCUCGACCGAGGAAGCAUGGCUCCUACCCGACGAAACCUGUAGCGUCUGCCUUGACAACAAAAAUCUGAGCGUCAUGGCCUACGAGAUUACAUCUGGAUGCGCCCACAAACCAACGAUUUGCAGCGCCUGCUUGGGCCAAUGGAUCGCCUCGGAGCUGGAGACCAAGAUGUGGGAUCGGAUUAAGUGUCCGGAGUGCCCCAAACCCCUUCAGUUCGCAGAUGUCAAGAGAAACGCAUCAAAAAGCAUUUUUCAACGGUACGAUGAGCUGGCUACCCGAGCAGCCCUCGGAAACAUUCCAAACUUUCGAUGGUGUAAAUCGGCCAAGUGUAGCUCCGGCCAGAUUGACGAUGUCAGAUGUGUGCGCUUCAAGUGCAAGGCCUGCAAGACAUCACAUUGCAUUAAGCACGACGUACCCUGGCACUCUGGCGAAACCUGCGAGGAGUAUGACAAGCGUAACGUUCAAAAGAAGAAGGACGAGAGGGCAUCCGAGGCAGAGAUCAUCAAGUCUAGCAAAAAGUGCCCGUCGUGCAACAAGGCCGUCCACAAGUUUUCUGGUUGCAACCACAUCACUUGUAUCUGCUCCCACGAAUGGUGCUACAUAUGCCUAGCCCCCUUCCAACGAAACGAACAUGGCUUUCUCUACUGUCGUCACAAACCCGAGUGUACGGAGCGAGAUCCCUUUGUCGACCUGAUAGACCCUCAGAAUGCGAACGCCGACCCCCGGAAUUUUUUCGAAGCCGCCAACCACGGUUUACUCCCGCCGCAGUUUCUUAGAAACCGCCUCAGAGUCGUCCGCGGCAGAGCUGCCCGACAUCAUCCUGGGGCCGAAGCCAACGAACCAGGCCAGGAGCAAGUAGGUCGCAAUCCUGGUCGCCUUCACCCCGACAUGUUUCUCCCUCCUUGGAUGCAAGGAGUGGACCGAGGGAUGUUUAUGGGUGUUGCUGGUAUUGCGGAUCAUGUUGCAAACGGCAAUGGCAACGGUAACGGUAACGUUCGUGACCCUAUGCACGAUCUGAGCUUCAGUGCCAUGAUCCUCGCCUCUCCAGAUAUGUGGGCGGCGUUUGUUGCCCAUGAAUGGAUGCGCAGAACUGGCCAUACUCAUCUGCCCCCUCCUGGGCCUGCAGAAGCCCGCGAAAACGAUAUCGAGGAUGUAUUUUCUGAAGUCCUGGAGGAAACGUGGUUCGACAUUGUGGAGGAGGGUGAAGCAAUGGAAGAAGAAGCUGGUGGACCGAUAGUCUUUGGCCCACAUCCACCUCCGGCUCUGUUCCAUUGGGAGGCUGAUCACGACGUGCCGCCAGUCUUCCCAAAUGGGUUUCUCCCUGCUCAUGAAGAGUAUCAGGUAGAUGACCUCCUCUGGGAUGGUGCCUUUAUUAUUCUCCCCCGCGGCCCAGUCCCUGAGCCACGCGACGUCGAUGAUUCACACGGCGCUUUCUGGGCUCCUCCCCCAGUAAUCCCUCGUGCACACCAUUUCCCCACCAGAGGACAUCGGACACACGACGAAGACGAACUCUUCAUGCAAAUGCUAGAAGAUGGUACAGCCGAACACCAACCUCUUGAUCCCCUCGACAAUCUCUUACUGGAUCGCCCCCCGUGGGUUCCUGACCCCCUUCAACCUCCUCCACCUCCUCCGGCGACGAUCCGCGACGUGGAGAGAAUGGUCAAUACAGAACCUCCUCUUCCUACUCCGGGCUGGGAAACUGUCCUGACCCUCCUUCGACCUUGGUUUCACGAAGCACCGUGGAGGUUGGAGCCCGCGACGAACAUCCCCGAGCACAUUGUCGGGCGAGAGGAUCUAGAUGAGUGGGUCGAUAAUGCUGUGGACGUCCUGAUUAGGCGUAACAGGACUAUACUGCAGCUUAUUAACUUUGAUAUCCGUCAAGCAAUGGCUGCUGCAGUGGAAGAACCUCGAGCAGGGGUUGUUUGA